AUGAGCCUCAGAGGAAAGUGUGCUCUGUCCACAGCGGAUUUAUUCGACACUCCACUGUAUUCUUUGCCGAUUGAUAGAGGUGUAUAUCGUGACCUCGAAAAAACAGGAGAGUUUGUUAGCCUCUCUCUGGAUCGGGAUGAAGAAGAGCAUUCUAUAGAAAUGCAAAUGCCAUAUAUAGCAAAGAUGAUGGAAAGUUACCAAGGCAAAUUCUCUGUCGUACCAAUUUUGGUAGGAUACUUAACUCCUGAAAGAGAAGCAGUUUAUGGUCAGAUUUUCGCUCAAUACCUGUCAAAUCCUGAAAACUUCUUUGUAAUAUCUUCUGAUUUUUGUCAUUGGGGAAAAAGAUUUCAAUACACCUACUAUGAUAAAAGUAAAGGGGCAAUCUGGCAAUCUAUACAAGCACUUGAUGAAACAGGAAUGGAGUUAAUUGAACGACUUGCUCCUUCUGAAUUUACAAGCUAUUUGGAGCAGUAUGGUAACACCAUAUGUGGACGACACCCAAUAGGUGUAUUAUUGCAAAUUAUCACAUCUUUACGCAUGAUUAUACCCAAUAAUGAUUUUAGCAUGAAGUUUAUACGAUAUACCCAGUCAGAACACUGUAAUAAUAUGAAUCAGUCAUCUGUUAGCUAUGCAGCUGGUGUGCUACAAAUAUCUUGA